CCCCUCCCUCUCCCCUCCCACUCCCUAUCAGUCAAUCCCACUCCCCUCCUCAUUCCACAUCCCCUCCCACUCUCUCCCAAUCCCUUCCAGUCCCUCCCAGUCUCUCCAAAUUCAUUCCACAUCCCCUCUCACUCUCUCCCAAUCCCUUCCAGUCCCUCCCAGUCUCUCCAAACUCAUUCCACACCCCCUCUCACUCUCUCCCAAUCCCUUCCAGUCCAUCCCAGUCCCCUCCCAUUUCCUCCCAGUCCCCAUCAGUCCCACCCAGCUCCCUCCCAGUCCAUUCCUCUACUUCCCAGUAUAUCCCAUUCCCCUUCCAGUCCCCUCCAGGAACUCCCAAUCCCCUAUCACUCUCUCCCAGUCCCUCUGCAGGCUUCCCACUCCCUCCCAGUUCUUCUCAGUGCCUCCCAAACCCCUCCCAGCCUGGCUCAGUCUCAGCCUCUCCAAGUCCUUUCCCAGUCCCUCCAAGUCCAUCCCAUUCCUCUCCCUGUUCCCAUCAGUACCUCCCAUUCCCCUUCCUGUCCCAUCCCAGGACCUCCCAGUCCCAUUCCCUUCCCUGACACCUCUCAGUCCCAUUCCAGUCCAUCCCACUCCGUCCCAGUCCAUCCCAGUCUCUUGCAAUCCCCCCAGAGCCUUUCCCAAUACCCUCCCAUGCCAAAUUCCAUCUCAGUCUCUUCCAAUUCCUUCUGAUCCCUUCCAGAUGCCUUCCCACUCCCUCCCAUUGCCAGUCCAGUCCCCUCUCAGUCCAGCCCAGUCUCUCUCAGUCCUUCCCAGUCCCCUUCCAGUCCCACCCAGCCCCUCACAAUCCCUCCCUGUCCAUUCCACUAUCUCCCAGUAUAUCCCAGUCUCCUUCCAGUCCCCUCAGUAACUCCCAAUCCCCUAUCACUCUCUCCCAGUCCCUCCAAUUCCCCUCCCAGCCCCUUCCCAGUCCCCUCCCACUACCUCCCAGGCCUUCCCCAUCCCAAUCCCUUCAGGCCAUCCCUGAUGCCUUCCCAGACCCCUCCCUCUCCUCCCAAUCCCUCCCAGUCACUCUCAGUUCCACUGAAUCCCUCUCACUG